AUCACAAGUGACCGUUAGUCUGCUGAAAACUUCUCCACUAUACAGUGCUUGAUCCACUAAUUUGUGUAAGGAGUGAAAACGAGAGAUCCUCGUUGAGUUUGUUUGGCCAACAUGUGUCACAAGUCACUCUUCCUGGUUGCUCUGUUGAUCGUCAGCGGCUAUGCCGCAAGUGAUGAGGAUUACGAAUUCGUAUGCCCCAAAGAUGAUGGUGAAUACGAGGAUCCUUUUCAAUGUGAUAAAUAUUACGUAUGUGAUGAAGGGCGAGUCAAGCAAAAACUGUGCCCGGAUGGACUAGUGUUCAAUCCACAUAGUAAACUUGUAAACAAAUGUGACCAAAUUUUCAACGUUGAUUGCAAAGACCGCAAAGAGCUGCAAAAACCAAAACCAAUCGGUGCAUGCCCCAGACGAAAUGGGUUCUUCCCGCAUUAUGAUCCUUCAAUUUGUAACGUAUUCUUCAAUUGCAUCGACGGACGGGAACUUGAAAUGAACUGUGUAGCGGGAUUGCACUUCAAUGAGAAAACUGGCACCUGUGCCUGGCCAGACACAGCCGGCCGUGAGAACUGUGGAAGUAACGCCAACAAAAAAUUAUUGGACGGAUUCCAGUGCCCUGAAAAAUUCGAAAAAAUGGAUAAAACCGGACAAAUCAUUGUACAUCCCAACUAUCCCCAUCCGGAGGAUUGCACCAAAUUCUACAUCUGCCUAAAUGGUGUCGAGCCAAGAUUAGGAGUCUGCGGGGAAGGAUUAGUUUAUAACGAGGAUACCCAGAGGUGUGAUACGGCAGAAAAUUCUCCAGGAUGCGAGGAUUGGUUCAGUCAAGAUGGGAAACCAGAAAAUUAAAUAUCAAGUCUUCUGUUGUACGAAGUCUUUUGUAAAUAUGGUGUAAUAAGUGUUUUUCAGCAUGUAAGCUAUAUUUGUACUUCAAAUAUGUAUAUGAAUAAAUGGUUGUUCUUCAAAGAAA